AUGGGGACAGGAUGCCAUGGAGCAGUGGCAUCUCGGAAUAGAGACAAUUUUUUAGGGGGGGUCACUGAGCAAGUGCAGCUGCCCAGACUGACAUGGAAGACUGAAGUUCCAGUCUGGGUGGAUCAGUGGCUCCUACCAAUCCAAAACCUGCAAAUUUUAAACAAAUUGGUAGAUCAGGAAUUGGCCAAAGGACACCUGGAGUCUUCCACCAGUCCCUGGAACACUCCAGUGUUUGUCCUCCAAAAAUUCGGAUUCUGGACAUCUCUCCAGGACCUGCACAAAGUGAAUGAAGUUCUGGAAGCCAUGGGAGCCCUUCAGCAAGGUAUGCCAUCUCCAUCUAUGCUACCUGCUGAAUGGCCCAUGAUGGUUGUCGAUAUAAAGGACUGCUUCUUUCAUAUUUUUCUCAAUUCGGCCAAUUUGGUGAAAUUUGCGUUUUCCGUCCCAGCAAUCAAUGCUUGUGAACCUCACUGCACGUUCCAGUGGAAAGUGCUUCCCCAGGGGAUGAAGAAUUUGCCAACGCUUUGUCAAAUGUUUGUUGCAAAAAUUUUAUCCCCAAUUAGGCAGAAAUUCACAAAGUCAGUCAUCUUCCAUUAUAUGGACAAUGUUUUGAUCUGCGCGGAGACAGAACUGGCUGUCAAAAAGACUUUAGAUUUGGUUGUUUUUACUCUAAAUUCACAUGGUCUAGAAAUUUCCCCAGAAAAGGUACAAAAGGAAGCACCAUGGAGGUACCUCGGACUCCAAAUUAACCAAAAAAGUGUCAGACCGCAAACAGUUACCAUUGACAAAAAUGUCUGA